AUGACAGAAUGUGUGGAAGAAUGGCUCCUGCAGAACAAGGACAAUUUAGAAAAGGGGAUUGAUAUCAUAGGACAGGCGUCUGCGAUCCUGGCAGUCACUGUGGGCCAGUUCCAUCCCAUCCUGGAGGCUGUAUUCCAAGCAUCCUAUGAGAUCUUCAGCAACCCAGAAGGACAGAACGCCAAGUACCUGACUGAGCAGUUCUUCAAAGUCAACCAGAAUUUGAGACGCAUCCAGGCUGAGGAAGACCAAAUCUCCCGGGAGCUGCAGAAGAGCUCCUUGAAUAAGCAACACUUUGACUGGGAGGCACAAAUUCUCAACCAGUACAAGAAGUUUGAGGAGUUUUUCAAUGCCAAACCCAACUUAAAAAAAGAAAAAAUGGACGAAUUCCUCUUAACUUAUGAGGUCUUGGAAGAAGACUUGAACCUGGAUGCCCUCUACAAUGCUUUUACUGGGAAUGCCUCAGGUGGCUCCAUGCUGCAGACAGUGGUUGAAACAGAACAAUUUAAUAGAAUUGUGGUAGAAGAUUUCUGUGAUAUUCUUAAGAAGCUCUUUGUGAAGGGCAUCAUUGCCUUCAUGGGUUACAACAGCCUCAAGAAAAAGGAUGUGGGGUAUCAGAUGCUGAAGAAGUGGCUUAAGCAGAUGGAACAAGUUGAGGAGAGCAUGAAAAAAGUGAUUGAUGAUAUCAUUGAUAACUUCGCCCCAAGAGCUAAAGAGGACAUGGUAAAACAGCUUGAGGAGAUACCUGGCUCUGUUGACCUUGGCUUCACCAAAUCCAUAUUGGACACCCUUAAGAAUAAAUAUGACUGGGUGAGCUGGUCUAUCAGGGUCUUCAAUGACAAGGAGCGCAUUUUCUUUUUCAACUGGCUAGCUGGAAAGAAGUACCAUGGCAGUGAAGGAGGAGCUAAUUUCUUUGAGGUGAUGACCAAAAACAACAUCAAAGUGGUGAUCUCUUUCAGUGUUCAACCUAAGCUUAUCAACAUGGAUCUGAUCAAAGAACAGAUUGAGGGGGAGAAGCUGAAGAGGAACAUGAUGGAUGUGGCUCAGAUCGUCAGCAGAAGACUCCCCAACUGCCAGGUGCAUGCUGUCAGCGCCUAUAAGAAAGUGGUGGAGAGCAACAACUUCAAAGAGGGUUGUUACUACUAUGGAAAACACCAAAAAGUGUACAUAUGCGUUCAUCCUAAUUAG